AUCUACAUAGAUAGAACACAACUUCAAGAGAAAUCAGAAAAAGAUGAGUACUGGAAACGAAGAUUGGAGAACAAAUGCAGAAACACACAAUAUGAGUUCAGAACAAGUGAAAGCAGCAGGAGUGGAUGAUUCAAAGCGACCACCAGGUAGUAGCCAUGGGUCUGGUAGAAACGUUCUUCACCAAAGGAAAUCACUUCCUUUCAACUAUUCAACAAUGGCUGUAGCUGGCUUGCUUAUUACAGGGGCUGUUGGAUAUUCGGUUUUGUAUGCAAAGAAGAAACCAGAAGCUACUGCUGGUGAUGUUGCUAGGGUUUCUGUUGGAGUUGCAGAUCCUGAGGACACUCACCCUAAGAAAUAGAUAGCAAUAUAUAUAUUUAGACAUCAUGAUGGUGUUACUGUCUUUUAUUUUGUAAUAUAUCAAUAAAUUAUGAUAUUCAUAGGCAUAGUUGUUUUGAGAUA